CAAGCUCACGGCGCACACGCAGCUCUGCUGUCUGUUUAUGAGGGAGGCUGAAGAUGUUCAGAAAGUCGUCAACUUAACACUGACAGGCAUUUUUUUGGUACAUAUCAGAGCAGAUAGGAGGGUGGAUAUCUGCGCCAGAUACGGCGCUAACUGUCGGUGAAGACUCGGAAUAGUUAGCUUCAACGUCUUUUAACCGACGCCUCACGAGCCAGCGGUGGACAGAGCCUGAUUUAAACAGCAAUAUGUGGGAACAAGAGGAAUUUGCCAAACACUGGAGGAAUGAGUUUCCUGACGGGGAAGUGCCUCAAAUGGACCUGAACUCUGUAGAGGACAUCGAGUCCGAGCUGGAGACAUGUAAAACCAACCUGAAGAGGCUGCAGAAGGCGCUGGCGGAGGAGAAAUUCAAGGUGAUUUACCUGCAGACCACCAUGUCUCGGCGGAAGAAGAACGACCCGGAAAGGUUUGAAGGAAAGGAUGAAAACUUUAACGCUGACACGUUUGGCUUUGCUAAAACUGGAAAUGUUAUUAAACCGCAGCGGAGGGAAGAUGAAGGGGACGGUCACAGGAUGUCCAAGGUGCCCGACACAGGAGGGGUGAAGCUCCACGCUGCAGGUAACACAGCGGGAAUCACGAGCUCCUUCAGCCGGGAACGGGGCAGGUUUAGCGGGAAGACAGGUAAGCCCGUCCCUAUCCCUGUCCCGCCGCGGAAGCCGAGCUUUCAGAGAGCAGAGCCGGUGCAAAGUGUGGUCUGUCAGCCCAAUGAUAACGAGGUGAACAGUGACCGAGAGUACGAGGACACUGAAAUGAAUGAGAAUUUUGUCAGGAAUAACUUGUUGACACCGAAAACCGUCGGCAGGGAUAGCCAGUUAUCCUCCAGCAGUUACCGGGACAACCGGCGGCCUUUCCGCCACAGCAGGGACUUUGACUCGGGUGAUGAUGGCAGGCUGUCCCCGUCCUUCCAGCAGAUCCUCCGCAGAGCCUCCCGGGGCUCAGGGUGCAGCACCCCGGACAGGAGGAGUGAUGGGUACCUGAGCUCCGACCAUGAUGACUCCUCCUCUGCAGACUUUAACUACAACACAGAUGGCUACGAGGGAGAUGGAACCGAGGAUGGAAAGUCUCAGGACGGCUCCGAGACGCUGCCCUAUAUAGACGAGUCGCCCACCAUGUCGCCCCAGCUGUGCGCACCCCAAGGGCCUGAUGGAGAGACGGUCUCCCCCACACCCCCUGAGGGCAUGCUAGCAGGGGGUGACAUAGAGAAAGGGCUGGAGAUGAAAAAGCUGGUACUGUCCGGUUUCUUGGCCAGUGAGGAGAUCUACAUUAACCAGCUAGAGGCCCUGCUGUUGCCUAUGCGUCCUCUAAAAGCCACAGCCACAACCUCACAGCCCGUCCUGACCAUCCAGCAGGUAGAGACCAUCUUUUACAAAAUCCAGGACAUCUUUGAGAUCCACAAGGAAUUUUACGACGCUCUCUUACCCAACAUCCAGCAGUGGGACGAGAAGGUCACAGUGGGACAUCUGUUCCAGAAACUGGCCAGCCAGCUGGGAGUGUACAAAGCCUUUGUGGACAACUACAAGGUGGCGCUGGAGACAGCAGAGAAAUGCAGCCAAGCCAACAGUCAGUUCCAGAAGAUUUCUGAGAAUCUCAAAGUUAAAGGACCUAAAGACUCCAAAGAUUGUACCUCAACUGUGUCUAUGGAGGCUCUUCUUUACAAGCCCAUUGACCGUGUUACCAGAAGCACCCUGGUCCUUCAUGAUUUGCUGAAACACACUCCUAAGGACCAUCCAGACUUCCCCCUCCUGCAGGACGCUUUGAGGAUAUCUCAAAACUUUCUCUCCUCCAUCAACGAGGAGAUCGACCCUCGCAGGACUGCUGUGACCACACCCAAAGGAGAGGCUCGUCAGCUGGUGAAGGAUGGCUUCUUGGUGGAGGUAUCAGAAAGCUCCAGAAAGCUACGGCACGUCUUUCUUUUUACUGAUCUGCUGCUCUGUGCCAAGAUGAAGAAGACGGCUGUGGGUCGCCACCAACAGUAUGAGUGUAAGUGGUACAUCCCUCUGGCAGACUUGACCUUCCAGACCCUGGAUGACUCUGACUCCUGCCCCAGUAUCCAGGUUCUGCCUGAGCAUGAGAUUGAAGAGAUGAAGAUCAAAAUCUCAGUCCUAAAGAGUGAAAUACAGAAAGAGAAGAAAGCACCCAAGGGUCAGAGUCGUGUGGAGCGUCUGAGGAAGAAGAUGAAUGAGCAGGAGUCAUGGCUGCUCCUGCACUCGCCCACCAUCCCCUUCCGCAUCCACAAUAAACACGGAAAGAGCUACCUGUUCCUCCUCUCCUCAGACUACGAGAGGUCAGAGUGGAGAGAAAGCAUCCAGAAACUACAGAAGAAAGAUCUGCAGUCGUGUGUAUUAAGUUCUGUGGAGCUCCAGGUCCUGACUAGCUCCUGUUUCAAACUUCGAACUGUCCACAACAUUCCUGUCACAAGUAACAAAGAUGAUGAGGAGACUCCAGGCCUGUACGGCUUUCUGCAUGUGAUCGUCCACUCUGCCAAAGGAUUCAAGGAGUCAGCCAAUCUAUACUGUACCCUUGAAGUGGACUCAUUCGGAUACUUUGUCAGCAAGGCCAAGACUCGAGUGUUCAGAGACACGUCAGAGCCACAGUGGAAUGAGGAGUUUGAGAUUGAGUUGGAGGGCUCCCAGUUCCUGCGGAUUCUGUGCUACGAGAAGUGUUAUGACAAAAGCAUGCUCAACAAGGACGACAACGAGAUCGUGGACAAAAUCAUGGGGAAAGGGCAAGUCCAGCUGGAUCCUCAGACGGUGCAGUCCAAGAACUGGCACAUGGACGUCAUAGAGAUGAACGGGAUCAAAGUGGAGUUCUCCAUGAAGUUUACAAGUCGGGACCUCAGCUUAAAGAGAACGCCGUCCAAAAAACAGAGCGGGGUGUUUGGAGUCAAAAUCAAUGUGGUAACAAAGCGCGAGCGCUCCAAGGUGCCUUAUAUUGUCCGUCAGUGCAUUGAGGAGGUGGAGAAGAGGGGGAUCGAUGAGGUGGGAAUCUACAGGAUCUCAGGGGUGGCCACGGAUAUCCAGGCCCUCAAAACAGCAUUUGACACCAAUACCAAAGAUAUCCUGGUGAUGCUGAGUGACAUGGACAUCAACGCCAUCGCAGGGACACUGAAGCUGUACUUCAGGGAGCUGCCUGAGCCUCUGCUCACAGACCGCCUCUACCCAGCCUUCAUGGAGGGCAUAGCGCUCUCAGACCCAGCCGCCAAGGAGAACUGUAUGAUGCACCUCCUGCGCUCGCUGCCCGACCCCAACCUCAUGACCUUCCUCACUCUGCUGGAGCACCUCAAACGGGUGGCGGAGAAGGAGCCCGUCAACAAGAUGUCCCUCCAUAACCUGGCCACCGUGUUUGGCCCCACUUUGCUCAGGCCCUCAGAGUCAGAGAGCACAAAGGGACAGCACAUCACCUCAGCCUCUGACAUCUGGUCACAUGACGUCAUGGCACAGGUCCAGGUGUUGCUGUAUUACCUGCAGCAUCCUCCCAUCUUCUUCGCUGAGCUGAAGCGCAACACGCUCUACUUUUCCACCGACGUUUAAUCUUCAUCACCUCCCUCGGGGCAACAUCUGGAGAGGAGGGAGAAAGAGACUCCGAACAAAUCUAGGUCCCCGCCUCUCGGUCCUCCUGCCUCACCUCUUCUCCCAGCAGGCAGCUCAUCUCAACUGUACAGACCCUGCCCCCACCAUCUCUCCUGUCUACACCCUUAAACCAACCCCCCUCACCACCCCUGUCCUAAAGAGAUGGAGCUGAAAACAAAGGGAGGUGGCGAGGAGAACGUCUAUUCGUCACGUCACGUCAUGUUUGUAAAGUGAGGCCAGCAGAUCCACCCCCGCCUCCCACCGACAAGACGACAAGGCAUUCUGGGACCACGGUGGGAGAGAUCGGGGAUUUGGAGGCCGCAGCCUGGCGCAGUGGCACUGGAUCUCACUUUGUGUGUCGUGGUGUCAUCGAGUGUCUCCUUUUCAGACACUGGUUUUAAAGAUUCGAGAAACCGGUCGACUCAACCUCCUGCUUUGUUUCCUGAUCAGAGGCAUUCCAGAACAAUGGCAUUUACAUGUUUGAUAAUUAUGUUCAGCAGCUGAUUUGUUUCCUUUUUCAGUCUUUGUGCAUGUGCGUGGUGGAGGAGAUGGGAUGAGUGCGUGACGAUGUGGAUGUACUUGAGUGGUUGAGCAACAGUGUGAGUGAAUGUUUGUCUCUGUGUGAGUUUGAGGGACUAUGAGAACUUGUGAGGUUUGGAAGUGGCGAUGAAGCCAUGGCUGGUUUUGUGUCUCUCUGUGCUGACAAAAAAAAGAGAGAACUGCCCUCCCCAGUAAGUCUUGGCCAAAUUAGCUGUAUUUAUUUUGAAUAUAUAUAAUAAGUGUGCCUGUACAGUUCUGUGCAACUAGAGAAAUGCUCUAAGAAGUCUGUUUUUGAAGUUUAUUCAGGUAGUGAUGUUAUUUAGUCUGAUUUUCUCAUUCACCAUGUCCAUGGUUGGUAAGCUGUACUGAAAGAUCACCAGAAAUUCAGCCAUUUAAUUUCCGAUCACUUAGUAGAGGAGAAAGGGCACUCUGUAACGUGAGGGUUGUUGGGGUAAAAAAAAACACAUUGAAUGGAAACUUUUGCUUUUUUUCUUGUUGUUUUAUUGCAGCCUGUUCCAAGUGUCUUACUGCACCUGUAUAAUCUAUAGGAUGAUUUGUGUAGUUGCCCUCAUUGCAUGUUCAGCUUGUCAAUCAAACCAGGCGGGGUAACACAAAGGUAGGUUGUCUCUGCGAGGCCCUUGUUAAAACAGGAAAACGCCCACAACUGCUCUGUACAAAGCCAACCUUUCUGCUAUCAAGCCUGCAGCAUAUCUUAAAAUACUGUAAGCACUGCUAGAUGAGUACUAUUUGAUAUUUUUAAUAUAAGAUUAAAAUGAAAUAAAAAUGUUGUAUUUUACUUCCUUUGAGAAGAAUUUCAAUAUACUGUAAUAUUGAGGCUAAAUGUUAAUGUGAACUUUUCCCCUUUUUUAGGAAAAUAAAAGUUACCAAAACACUCUCA